ACACUUGUUUUGCUCUUAGGCCUCUCUUGAUUGUGAAUACUUGGGGGAAGGAGGCCACGUCUUCUGCUUUGGCCUUAUCAUUUCCUCCAUCCUACCCAAAUCGUCAUGACUUAGUUUGCAAAGAGCAUAGGAGAAUGGAUGACGUGGAUGGACAUGUUUCCAGAGACUUCUUAGAAACUGGGAGCUGGGGACCAAAUUCAAACUGCUGUUUUUUUGUUUGAUUGUGUUAUUUCCUGUGCAUGCUGAGGGGAGAUUUAGAGAUAGAAAGAAAAUAUGCCUACCAGUGACUAUGAAAAGAAAAAUGAAGACAGGACAUUUUGAAAUGGUCACCAUGCUGCUGGCAGCCAUGACUCUAAUGGACGUGUUCCAGGUGAAGCCUGAAAUGUUAGACAUGGCAGAUAAUGCAUUUGAUGAUGAAUACCUGAAAUGUUCUGACAGGAUGGAAAUCAAAUAUGUUCCCCAGCUGCUCAAGGAGGAAAAAGUGAGCCACCAGCUCUUAAACACUGUGUGGGAAAAUGCAAAAGCCAAAUGGGAAGCCCGAAAGACUCAGCUCUUUCUCCCUAUGAAUUUUAAGGAUAACCACGGGAUAGCCCUGAUGGCGUAUAUUUCUGAAGCCCAAGAGCAAACUCCCUUCUACCAUCUGUUCAACGAAGCUGUGAAGAUGGCUGGCCAGUCUCGAAAAGAUUAUAUCUAUGGCUUCCAGUUCAAAGCUUUCCAUUUUUACCUAACAAGAGCCUUGCAGUUUCUGAGAAGACCUUGUGAUGACAGUUAUAAAAAUGUGGUAUAUAUAACAAGCCAGGACACUUCAUUUACAUUUGGAGGGCUAAACCAAGCUAGGUUUGGCCGUUUCACCUUGGCAUAUUCAGCCAAACCUCAAGCUACUAAUGACCAGCUCAUUGUGUUAUCCAUCUAUACAUGCUUUGGAGUUGCCAUUGAAAAAUUUUUUGAUGAAGAAAGUGAAAGAAUUACUUUAAUACCUCUGAGUGAGGUUUUUCAAGUGUCACAGGAAGAGGCUGGCAAUAACCUUACCCUUCGAAGCAUAAACAAGACCUGCAGCCAUUACGAGUGUGCAUUUCUGGGUGGGCUAAAAACUGAAAACUGUGUUGAGAACCUAGAAUAUUUUCAACCCAUCUAUGUCUACAGUGCUGGUGAGAAAACCCAGAAGAUUGAAGACCCCGGAGAAAAAACCCAGGAGUUCACUGUCUUACCUGGUAUAAAAAUCUUUGAACCCACCCAAAUACCUGGAAUGAAAAUUCCAGAACCUUUUUCACUACCUGGAAUAAAAGUGGUACAACCGGAUGAAAAACCUGAAGACGAAACUCAAGAAAAUAUCAACAAUCCUAGUCCAGUUCCUGUUCCAGGUCCCAAAACCCAUCCUUCUGCAUCCUCUGGCAAAAUGCUCCUUCCACCGUUUGGGACAUUCAUCAUUUUAAUCGGAUUUGAGGCCACUUCUAAAGGUACAGAGAAGCUGCAUAAAAUCUAAACUGGGUGUUACAGAUUUUCUUUACUCC